GUGGAGGGGAGGGACUGAGGGAGGGAGAAAGAUAAAGAGAUAGAAAGAGAUUUCUGAAUUCUUUACGAAAUGGGAGAACGUCUUCUGUCAACUGCAAUGUCCCCCUUGAGAUUUUCUCACAGACCCAUCACGAUUCUGCCGUGUAAUCGCUCAAAUUUCCCCUUCUUGAACGCAAAUUUGCAGCCUUUAAGGUAUGGGUUUGACAGGAUUCUGUCCCUCAGAAGAAGUAUUUGCGCUAAAGCUGUGAUGUCUGAGGUUGAAAGCAAGAAAGAGUACUUGAGGAUAGGGGCUGAUUCCACUGGCUCCAUCCCUUCCGAUCAGCUUCUCGAAAUUGUUCAAGCAGCUGCCAAGACUGGCGCUGAGGUUGUAAUGGAUGCUGUCAAUAAACCUAGAAACAUUAACUAUAAAGGAUUCACUGACCUAGUAACUGACACUGAUAAAAAGAGUGAACUUGCUAUUCUGGAUGUUGUUAGAAAGAAUUUCCCAGAUCACCUAGUUCUUGGAGAGGAAGGAGGAUUUACUGGGGAUCCAUCUUCUGACUAUCUUUGGUGCAUUGACCCUUUAGAUGGGACAACAAACUUUACACAUAGCUAUGCGAGCUUUGCUGUUUCUGUGGCAAUUCUUUUCAGAGGAAAGCCAGCUGCAUCGACUGUGGUAGAGUUUGUGGGUGGCCCUAUGUGCUGGAGCACUCGAACAUAUACUGCAGCUGUUGGCAAAGGUGCAUAUGCUAAUGGUCAAAAGUUAAGUGUCACUGACACUGAUAAGGUGGAGCAAUCUCUCCUAGUGACGGGAUAUGGGUAUGAUCGUGAUGAUUCCUGGGCUACGAAUAUGGAAUUAUUCAAGGAAUUUACUGGCAUAAGCAGGGGCGUGAGAAGGCUUGGCGCUGCUUCAGUAGACUUCUGCCAUGUUGCUUUGGGAAUUGUUGAAGCCUACUGGGAAUACCGUCUAAGACCAUGGGACAAUGCAGCCGGAGUUCUGAUAGUUGAAGAGGCUGGGGGUUUAGUUUCCCGCACGGAUGGUGAAAAAUAUUGUGUAUUUGAUAGAUCCGUCUUGGCAUCCAAUGGUGCGCUUCAUGACAAGCUUCUCGAGAAAAUUGGUCCUGCAACCGAGAAGUUGAAAAACAAAGGGGUUGAUUUCUCGCUGUGGUACAAACCAGAAGCUUACAAGACAGAUUUUUGACAACCUCAUUCUUAAACCUUAAUGCUGUGAAGAUUUUAGCGAUCAAGUUAAGUCGCCCGGCUGCAGCUUGUGUUGUGUGGUCGUUGCUAAAUAACUGUUUCCUUUGUAGAUGUAGAUGUCUAGGUGGGAGUGAGGGAGGGUUGGGGUUGGGGUUGUUACAUUUCAUGGCUUCCCUAAGCUUUUAUGUGUAUGGGGUUUAGGGUUGAGAGCAGAGCUCUUUCAUAAUAGUUGAGCCUCAACAUACUGCUUUCUGCUGCUACCCUACAUGACUGCCCAAUAAAUUAAUUAAUUUGGCUUGUUUGUUUA